AUGGCUGAAGAUGAGAGUCUCCAGCGAGAGACGUUGCUCAAGCGCACCUUGGCACAGAACGUGCUCAUUGAAGAGGAGGAGCCAGAGGAGCCAGAGGAGCCACAGCCAUCGUUCGGCCACGAUGGCUACGAUGGCUACGAGCUGCGGCUGGAGAAGCUGCAGAGCUUGGGUUCUUCUCGGGUUGAUUUCGCCUUGGUGACUCUGGAGCAGAAGGAGGUGCCAACUUGGAAAUUGGUCACAGCCGGUCAAGAUGGAUGCGUAAAGAUCUGGGCUUUGCCAUUGCCAAGCCCUUCACAAAGUGAUACCGUCAGCCCCAGAUGGCUAUGCACGGUGAAGCACGAGGCGGCUGUGAAUUGUGCCCGGUGGGCUCCAGAUGGCCGGAUGAUUGCGUCCUGCGAUGCUGAGGCGGCGCUGCUGGUAUGGGCACCGGGUGUGGGCAACCUGCAUUUGUUGCAGGACCUCAAGGCUCCAGAGCCAUGGCACCGGCAUUGCUUGCUGCGGGGGCAUCAGGGCGAAGUGUGUGAUGUGUCCUGGCACCCCAAGCUUCAUCCGGAUUUCACCUUAGCCUCCUGCUCGCACGAUGGAAGUGUACGACUCUGGAGUGUGCCUCGUGUGGAGCUCACAGCUAUCCUGCGCCCUGAAAGCUCUGAAAGUGGUUACAUCAAAGGCGUUGCCUUUGAUCCGCUGGGCCAGUUUCUCGCUUGUAUGAGUGACGGGAAGCAGCUAGCAGCCAUGCUCUACCAAAGCCCCGAGGAGAACGACCGAGGUCGAGCCGGAGGAGCCGGAGGCGCCAGCGGAUGGGAAGAGGUGCCCAUCAACCAGGCGCCAUGGGCGAAGCCCGGGCAGAUGAGUGCCGUGAACUUUCGACGCCCUUGUUGGGAUCCCUUAGGGGAGUCAGUCGUGUUUCCCUUCGGUGAGCACAAGAAGAGCCCCUUGAGCACAUGCCGAUUCUAUUCGGUGCUCUUCACAGCGCCGUGGAAGACUCCCAAGCUCUACCGUGGUCACAAAAAGCAUGUGGCAGUCGUGCGCUUUUGUCCCAUAGUCUUUGCCAAAGUUGCCAAAGGCGCAGAGGAGCUGGCAGUGGUUUUGGCCCUCGGCUGUAUGGAUGGCAUGCUCUCCCUGUGGCUCUCAAGUCAUCCAGUUCCAAUCUUGAUUCUGAAGGACCUCGUUGAUGAAAACUGCUUUAUCACCGACAUCGCAUGGACUGCAGAUGCAUCAGCCUUAGUCUAUUCUUCAAGUGGAGGAGUGGGAUCUAUCUCCAUCUCUUGGAAGCGAAUCCUGCCCGGAUUCACUCCAUGGACGUUGGAUGAAGUUCUUCGGUGGCGAUCACAAAGACAUUUGCACAUCACACAACCUUCCUGGGAUUUGCCCACCACUCACAGCCUAAAGGUUCCAGCUGAGCUAGGACGUCUUUCGGCUCAGAGUCCAAACUCGAGAUACUUUGUUGAAGAUCCUGAGCUUCGACGCUCCCUGGAAGGCCUGGAGUGGUCCUCGAAGGAAGGGCAACUGGGACAGCUUGGACACGGUGGUAUACGCUGCUGUGAACGGCAGAAGCUCUUGAAAUCGUGGCAUUCAAGAACGAUGCCCAAGACGUGUUCUCCUUCGCCACCAACAUUCGCAUGGUCAAUCGAGGACCCAAAGGGGUGUUUAGAAGGGCUGUCAUCAUCACAUCACUACUUCUUGCUGCCGCAUGCCGCUGAGGAGCCCACCUCGGGUUCGUGCAGAGUCUCUUCCAAGUCGGAGGGCGGGCUGUGGCAAAUCUCGGUGGAGCGGGUGGUCCUGGCAAAGCUCCAAGGUCGGAGUGGGUUGGCGAGUCGGUCGGCGAGUCGGUCCGAAGUCGUCCCUUCAGCCCUGACAAGUCCCAACAGAAGAUUUACCAAAAAGGGGGGCUCUAGGAGUUCUGAAGUGCUCCACGCUUCCACUCUCUUUUUACUUGGACCCAAGGACCUGACUUCUAGGGACAUCUAG